AUGUCAUUAAACGAAACAAUCAUCACCGAACUCGCCAAAAAUUUCGAUGCCGAGUCCCUCAUUAAAAUUUGCUCAAUCUUAUCCAAAGGUCAAGGUCAUGGAGAAACCAAUACCUUAGAAAAACACUCUAAGGAGUUAAUCGAAGACCAAAUCAACAAAAUCAAAGAGUUAAGUGAAAUCAACGAAAACAACUAUGAGGUUAUGGCCAAAUGGGCCGGUUUUGUCGAAAAUUUCGAAGGCGAGUUUCCUGGGUUAAUUAAGGUCAUGAAGGACAAAGACUUCAAACAAAAGACCACUUAUGAAUGUGAAGUGAUAGGAUUUUCAUAUCAUCAACCAGAGAACCAGGCAUUCAUCAUCAAAGUAAUCGAAAAAUCACUUACUAAAGCGUUCCUUCCAAAGGCAAAAAAUACCGGAUUAUCUCGCGAAGAAAUUUCAGCAGGUACCAUCUUCCAAUUAAUUGAAAGCUUUGACAACCCUCAAUCAGGCCAAAAGAUUAGUAAAAGAUUUUUAGCAAUGGUCAAUAGUUGCAACUUGGCGUAUGAACCUACUGAUAACAACGAUACCAUGAUUCGUACUUUCAUCAACUAUGAAGUUAAGGACAAUCAUAAGGAACAUGAAUUCAUCAAUCAAUUGCCAGACCGGUUACAGCAUGCAUUCUAUUAUAAAUCUUCGAUUUCAAAUUGUUUCAGUGCAGUAUUGAUUAAAGCCUAUGUGAACCAUUUCAGAAAAUGGAAGGCUGAUGAAUCGAUAAAAUUACCCACGAUAUCACUCAUUAGAAUGGAAGUGCAAAAGGACCCAGAAUACCAUCAACUUUCCACCGAGCAAAAGAAAAGAAAGUGGGAAGAGCAAACCGAAGUGAGAAGCAGGAGAAUGAGACACAGUAACAACGGUGGUUUCAAAGAUUCUUACACUCCAAGAAACGGGGACAAAAACCCUCCUAAUAAAUAA